AUGAAGGCCGCCUUCAUCAUCGCUUUCGCCUCUUCCACUCUGGCUGCUGCCGUCAAGGGCUCUACUCCCGACGAGCGAGAUGUGUCCACCUCGGGCAAUGUCACCCAACUUGAUGACAUCCAGGUCAUCUGCGGUGCUCCUACUUCCAGCCCGGACAACGAAUUCCCGGCUUCGGACUACAGCUACCCCAUCGGCCUACUUCUGAGCAGUGGCACCCACAAGCUCCACAUCGACACCGGUCCCAGCAAGUGCAAGCAGGCGGCUUGCGGCAGCAACGGUGGAGCCGGUGUUGUCGUCUGCAACGACGAGAAGAACGGCGUCGACCUACUCUACAGUGACAUCGGAUUCUUCGCGCAGCGCGUGUACGAGGGCUGCAAGCAUCGCAAGAACGGUGUUGACUACGUCGAGAAGGGCCAGGCCUUCUGCCCCGACGGUUGGAACGUGAUUCUAACCGACGUCGGUCUUACUUGCUCUGCCUCGACUCUUCCUGACUAUGGGUAG